AUGCCAGAACAGCCAUCUGGUACCAACGUAUCCACAUGCAAAACAUGUGGACAGGGGUUUGAAAUUGGCGCAGCAAUUAUUUUUAAAGAUGCUCAAUACCAUUCCUGGUGCUUUCACUGUUCUGCUUGCGCUACAAAACUUGACCCAGAAAAUAGUCUUGUUCCAUCAUUGACAGCUGGAAAGUGCAAUCUUCACAUAACCGAUCUUCAGUACGCAUUGAUUGGCACAGUAAGUCACACUAUGCAACUUUGA